AUGGCUCGUCACACAUUGCAUGAGCAAUACCUACACUCAUACCUCAUACUUAUGAUCCUUUGUAUCCUAUUUCACCCUGCAGAGACUGUAGAAGAAGCAGCACAGCAGCUACACUGUGACAUAUCUUGCAUUCUCACCAUCCGGCAAACUUGCUACCUACAAGAACAAUCCCCCAUCGCAAAAGCUGGUAGUUUACACCUUGCUUGGGAAUAUGUCAAAAGUCCAUCUGACCAUGACCGUUUUACCAACAUGCUUCGAAUUUCCCCUGUGGUUUUUGAGGUGUUGCUCGAUUUAAUCGAAGACCAUCCUGCAUUCUAUAAUAAUUCACGCAAUCCUCAAACACCCAUCCAGACUCAGCUUGCUGUCACGCUCUUUCAGAUGGGACAUUAUGGAAAUGGUGGGUCACUAGAGGACAUUGCCCGCCAUGCAGGGAUCUUGAAGGAAGAACCUGAUAAGGGUAGCUACAUGAAUUGUUCGGCACUCAUGAACUUGAUGGAAGUUAAAAUGGAUCAAAUUCAAGAUGGAACUCUCCUCGACGCCAGUCAAAUCCGAUGGUACAACGAUCCCGACGACGAUACUCCACUGCCUGUGCUUCCUGCUCAGGCACGUCGCUCGACUCGUAUCCCACGCCCUGCACCCAAGCUUGUUGACCCCAACAACGCUGUCUUGCGCAAACGCAAGGCUAGCAGGUCAGUGGUCACAAGUGAGGGCUCUGAGGGGGAAAGUGACUGUGAAGGAGACCAGGAUAACAGGGUAACUACGGAUGCAGCUACUGACAUGGAUCAUGAGACAGAUAUCGACGGCAUCACCCCCUCUGAGUCUGCUUCACAGUAG